GGUCAAUGGUCACAUCUGACAUCACAUAUGCAUGUGCCAAGACGUACCGGUACCAUGCGUUACGUUUGUUGAUAUUAUAUCUUCUCGAGCCAUAAAAGUGAAAGUCAUCGGAGCAGAUCGGACGAAAGCCUUCUUAAUUCGUUCUUAAUUGAACUAGACCUUUCAACCCGUCAUCAUUGUUCAGAAUCAUGGCUACACUGGCCACAUAUUUUGCAGUCUUUGCUGAAAACUUCUCAGCUACCUCCUUGCUGAUCUCCGUUUCCGUCCUGAGUUCGGUCUUCCUCCUUCGGAAGUUCUCAAGGAGUGAUAAGUCGUGCAACCCCUUCAAGGAGGAUGCCAGGAGACCACCAGAACCUCUGGUCAUCGACAAGGACGCCAGGAAUAAAGUUCUGAAGAAGGGUGCCGCAUUUUCUGUGGAGAAGGUGCCCUCUGACCUCGACGCCAUCGUGAUCGGGAGCGGACCGGGGGGCUUGACGACGGCGGACAUCUUGCGCAAGUCUGGGAAGCACGGUGCUGGUUCUGGAGCAGCAUGGGAAACCAGGCGGUUGUCACACACCUUUGGUCUCAAAGGGCUGCAAUUUGAUUGUGGGAUCCACUAUGUGGGGAAGAUGGAGGACAGUAGUACUGUCAGAGUUUUACUGGACCAGAUCACGGAGGGGCAGCUACAGUGGGCCAGUUUGGACGACGACUAUGAUGUUGCUGUACUUGGUGAACCAGAUCAGAUGCGUUGGGUCCCCAUCAGAUGUGGAAGACAACAGUACAAGCAGGAACUACUGCAGCAUUUCCCAGGGGAGGAGCAAGCUAUUGAGAUGUUCCUAAAGAAAACAAAGGAAGUUGCAGAUGGUGCAGACAUCUUAGGAGUACUGAAGAUCUUACCUCUUUGGCUGUGCAAGGUCUUAGUCAAGACAGGCAUCGUGCACGUCUUAAACAGCUUCUUCCGAUACAUGUCAAGAUCCACCAAGGAGGUCUUAGAUGAACUGACAGACAAUGCUGGCUUGAAGACUGUGUUUGCACACAACUUUGGAGACCAUGGCGUUCUCCCCAGCAAGUCAGGUUUUGCUCUACAGGCUAGCCUGGCAGAACACUUCAGGGAUGGCGGGUACUACCCAGUGGGUGGGGCAAGCGAAAUAGCCUUCCACAUCAUCCCCGUUAUCAAAAAGGCUGGAGGAGCUGUGCUCUGUAGGGCACCUGUCAGUCAAAUUUUGAUUGACAACGAUGGACGAGCAACAGGUGUCCGAGUCCAGGACAAGAAAGUUGGAGAAGUGGACAUUCAUGCACCGGUCAUCGUGUCAGCUACUGGUGUGUACAACACCUACCACAACCUGCUGCCUACAGAAGUGGCACAAAACACAGGUUUGGGUGAUGUGUUGAAGGCUGUUAGCCAGAGCUGUUCCUGUCUGUCUGUAUUUGUUGGUCUGAGAGGAACCAAAGAGGAGCUGGGUCUGAAGGCACAGAACAUCUGGCUCUUUGCAGGUAAUGAUAUGGAGAGGCUUCAAGAAGAAUACAGCAGCCUGACACCAGAGGAAGCUUCGGAAGCCGACCCUCCUGUACUCUUCAUCUCCUUCCCUUCUGCCAAGGAUCCGUCCUGGGAACAAAGAUGCAGUCCUGAAAGAUCAACAUGUACUAUACUGAACUUCUCUAUCCCACCCGCUUGGUUUGAGCGCUGGAACGACGAGUGCGUGAAACACCGUUCUGACGAGUACCAACAUCUGAAGCAGGCUAUUGGACAGCACAUGUGGGAACAAACCUGUCGGCUCUUCCCAGAAUUGCAGGAUAAAGUUGAGUUCAUCGAAGUUGCCACAUCGAUCAGCAACAAUCACUACAUCAACGUGUCCCACGGAGAGAUCUAUGGGCUGGAACACUGUCGGACACGCUGUAGCGCCGAGAUGGCGCUAAAACUGCGGCCGGAAACACCAGUCCCAGGGCUCUUUCUUACAGGCCAAGACAUUUUCUUGACUGGGUUUGUCGGGUCGGUGUUCUCUGGUGUCUUCACAGCCGGAGCAGUGCUGGAACGCUACGUCAUCCAAGAUCUCUGGAACCUCUGCAAGAAGAUCAAAGAUAAGAAGACACAAUGAUGGCAAAACAAGAAUAGUUCAAUAAGAGCAAGUUUGACUUGACUUAGGCCACACCAAUUUAAUUUCUUGGUUCACGGAUUCGCUCGCUCCUAUUUUUUGGGAAAAAAAAAUAAA